AUGUUUAGAGACGUUUCCUCGUUAUCGAUUAGUUUUGAAGACUUAAAGCCAACAACAAGUAAAUCAUCCAUCAAAACUCCUACAAAAUUUUCAACAAUUCCACCCAAUUUCUCAAACCCUUCAUUCAUUGAUGAUGAUGAUGAUAAAGAGAACAUUUUGCCCAUUAAUGAUUUGAGUUCAAUUUUGUCUAUUCGAAUGUUGAGAAGACCAAAAUUGCUGUUUGAUUAUGAUAAGACAACAUCAACUUCAACAUCUUGUGAAUUGAAAUUAAAAAAAUUAAUGAUGGAGGAUGAAAAUUAUGAUUUUAUUUUGAAUCCAUGUUGUGAUAAAUUGGAUUGUAAAUUUGUUAAAAAUGCAAUCAUGAAAGAGCAUAAAGUUACUUCUCAAUUUCAUAGUUGUGCUGCUUCAUUUGACUCAAUCGACUCUGAGAUAGAGCAAGAACCAGAAAAACAUUCAAAUCAAAGUUUAGUGUGUGCUCCUCUUAGAAUAAGAUCAAUUGAAAACAUAAUAGCCGCAAGGAAUCUAGAUGAAAGAACUUUACCUCUUGAUAAAUCUGAUAAGUGUAUUGAUUUAAUGAAUGAUUUGAAUGAGUGUAUCAAUACAAUUCAUAUUCAUACUCAACUUGAAGAAAGGUUAACUCGGUUGAAGAACAUUUUAAGAGGUAAAAAGAAUCAAAAGAUUAAAAAAUGA